GAAGUCGGACUGAUAAACACCUGGUGGAGAACUGCCAACUUCUCCCGGGAGAUCGUUCAGACGGCCGGCUUGUACCCUUUUAAACCUUUUAAAGACGCACGCCUCCAGCAGCUUCCUGGACCAAUUCGGACAUUUUCCUAAUACAAUUUUCGGUAACAACAACGCAACAUAAAGAUACGCUAAUACGUCUAUACGUCUAUCUGGAUCUCUGAUCUCUCUCUUUCCCAGAGAGAAAUAUUCAUGAUGGACAUCACAACCCCCUUGUCGGGUCUCUUUCACCUGCAUUUCGACUUCCUAUCGUCGCCCGACUUUUGGUGGUAUACUUUUUGGGUUUUGUGGGUGCAUCGCUAUCUACGUCUGAUUGUUCACGUGGUAAGCCACUGGACUUACAAGUCGAAACCUAUUCCUGCCAAACCUAAGUACAGCUCCAAUGACGUGACGGUCAUUAUCCCUACCAUUCACAAUGUCUUUGAAGAGCUUCGACCCUCGCUCGAGAGUAUCUUAGCUUGCCGACCAGCCGAGCUGAUCCUCGUGACAACGUUGGACAAGCACGCCGCGCUGGAAAAGCUGGUGAAGACUCUCUCGACCUCCAACAUUCGCGUCCUGUCUACUCCCAUCGCAAACAAGCGACUUCAAGUAUGCGAGGCGCUUCCCAAAGUGGGGACGGAGAUUACUAUCAUGGCAGAUGACGACGUUACCUGGCCGUCGACUCUCAUCCCGUGGAUCCUGGCUCCGUUCGAAGAUCCUAAAAUUGGAGGCGUUGGUACUUGUCAGCGUGUGCGCCGGGAGCCUGACGGAUCUUUGUUGACUCAGAUUUUCAACUGGCUUGGAGCAGCAUACAUUGAGCGCCGCAACUUCGAGAUAUCGGCUACCCACAACGUCGACGGAGGCACAUCGUGCAUGUCGGGUCGUACCGGAGCUUACCGAUCGGAGAUCCUAUCGAGCCACGACUUUUUGGAGGGAUUCAAGACGGAGCGAUGGCGCGAUUAUAUCCUGAAUGCCGACGACGACAAUUUCGUGACCCGCUGGUUGGUGAGCCACCAAUGGAAGACUUGGAUCCAGUACGAGCGCGAAUGCGAGAUCGAAACUACCUUGGAGAAUGGUCUCAAGUUUCUCUAUCAAUGCUCUCGAUGGGCACGAAGCAACUGGCGAAGCAAUUGGACGAGUUUGUUUCGAGAAAGAUAUGUGAUUACUCAACAACCUUGGUCCACUUACGCUCUUCACAUUGCAACCUUUACUUCCUUAGCCUUCGUCGUGGAUCCCCUUCUACUAGCCUCGCUCUGGUGGGGCACCGAGGGUUGGGACUUGGAUGUUCGUCAGCGCUGGUUCUGGGCUCAGGUCAUAUACAUGUUUGCUUUCACCAAAGUGGUCAAGCUGGUCGGGCUCUUUCGACGAAACCCGACCGAUAUCGUCUUCCUUCCCGUCUCCAUCAUAUUCGGCUACUUCCACGGUCUAAUCAAGCUGCAUGCCUUGCUAACCUUGAACAUGACCUCUUGGGGGAGUCGACCUGAUGGUGAUGCUAACGACGCGUCGCGCAUGUCUCCUCGUCCCAGAAGGAGCAACAGCAUUGCGACUCCUUCGCCUCGCCACGAUGAUCUCGACCGUAUGAUUAACAACUCCUUGGCCAAGCGGAACCACCUUGGUGGUGUGUAUUCCGAAAAGGAACCACUGCUCGACUACGAGAGAGAAGUUCCCAUCCCGUCGAUUGCCGUGGUUGCGGGUUUGUCCUAGUGGCAUGUGGAGAUUUUAUUCCGUCGCGGUUCUUUAUUCGGCUAGGUAUUUUUUUGGACGGACGGUUACGGCCUCCCAUUAGGAGGUUACGCAUUUUACGAUUCAUGAAUGUUAUAUCUAAGAUUCGUUUCACCGAAGGGUUUAUCGGAGGAGGUCAAAACGGUACUCUCACACGGUAUACGGUUUACGGUUUACGGUUUACGGUCGCCAACCCUGAGAUAUGGAUUGCGGCCAAUGGCUUUUCAGCCUAUAACACGGUAUU